AUGAACAUGACGAUCCAGGAAGAUGACCAGCCACACAGCUCGUCCACACAUGCAUGCUACACCACGGAAUUCAACUCAUUCGUACGAAGUCGCAUUCGCGUACUUCACACGCUCCGCGAAUACAUGGGCCAUGCAAAUUUGGUCGCCAUGGAUACAGAGCAUGGGAGUGGUGUUUCCUCUAUCGGCCUUGCUUUCGCUUCUGAGCUCGAACCGUUUGAGCAUCCCAUCCAUCCCGCAGCCAUGACUGAUGUCGGUUGCCCGGAGGGUGGGGCAUCUCUCGCUCGCUCUAUUUGCUUCAACAUUCGGGGAUUUGAGAGAUCGCAGCCAACGCGAGAGCGGGUAUGGGGCCAGGCAGACGAAGAUAUUGAUAUUCAGGAUGUUGCGUCCAAGGUCAUAGACACCGUUCGAGGGUUCAAGGAGAUUGAACCUGAGAAGCCGUUGAUAUUGGUGACCUACUCCUCACGCGCAGAGUUGAGCGCCAUUUCGACCCUGAUGCCUCAACUUCAUCCCCUCUUCUCGAACUGGGUGGACGUACAGCCGAUUGUCAGGGAUGCUUAUCACUCACAUACAAAUUAUACAAGGCUCGAUGGUCUUCAGAUCUCGCUUCGAUACGCGAUGAGGAGUCUUGGAUUUCCUGCGGGCUAUCAGCCGGCCGACCUCCACCACGCCGGCAAUGACGCACUCAGAGCCCUAGCCAUCAUGGCGUGCCUGACUCACGAGAACGUGCAGUUCCGAAGAAUCAAAGAACUAGAGCAUGUCCUGAGGGUCAACAAAUAUCGGAAGGAACAAAAUCGCUUGAAAGGAACAGAGAGGAGCCGGGGUUUGCUCAGCAAGCGACCAGGGCCACCCUCGCGAUAUCCCCACGUUGCCAAGAUCACCAUGGUCCCUGCGCCACAUAUCGGGCAAGAGGGUCGAGCCGGUCAGUCACUGGCAGAUGCAAUGAAGGCGACAGAUGACGAGGGGCAGCUGCAUCUCCCGCCGGUGGACUUUUGCAAGCCUCCUCAGGUCUGGGACUUCUUCUCGCCAUACGAACCCAGUGCCAUUGGCAGGGUCUGCAGAGAAAACUGCUAUUACGUCUGCGUCACGAGCCCGGGGAUUCUUCAGAACCUCAUCGAAGACCUGGACCGUACUUCGGCUUGCCCAGCAGGACAGGCUGUUUUGGUUGAGGAUGUGUCGGACCUACGUGCGCUGGGAACUGCAAAGAGGGAGGAGAGGGCGAAGCACAGGCAGGAAUCAGAAGGAAUUGACCCGGCAUAUAUCCCGACCGUGUCUGCUUCGCCAGGCAGCGUUUGA